GGCCCGUCUUGUGUUAGUGUCUCUGAAGCAGUCGAGGCAGGAGGACGUGUCUUCUUGCUCUCUCUCGCGGCUCACUUGAACUCCCUCCCUGACCCCCACUCCGGCACUCUCUUGGGGGUGUUCAGUGCCACUCGUCCCCCUUGGCAAGUCACUACGACCUUCUCUGUUUGGUUGGAGUGGACAGCAGUCGUUUCGUUAAUUGGUGACAGGAGGAAGACAGGUAAUACGUGGGCGUGACGUGAGGGUUACGUGAGGGUGACGUGAGCGUGACGUGAGGGUGACGUGAGGCGGGGACAUUGACCAUCAGACGACCAAUCAGGAAGAAUUAAGGAAAAAUGGUGGUGAUGCUUCCCGCUGGCCAUGGAGGCUACAUUCCCUUCGUGGAGGUGCCCUGUGAGCGGUUCCUGGGUGAAUUAAUACAGUGGAUCAUUACAACCAGCCUCCUCCCGCUCGGCUGCCCGCUGGUGCCCUGGCUCUGCUGCCCCUACGAGUACGAGCCCACGAGUAUCACCAUCAGUAACGAGCUUUCUUGCAACGAGGCCGGUGCUGUGUACGGCGCCGCGACUUUCUGGGCCAUGAAAAUUGUGUCUCUCGUGGGGAUCAUCCUCGCUAUUGUCGCCUUCAGCAAGUGUGCGACCGGGGUGGUGGCUGACAAUGCUGACACUAUAGCCAAUCUGACCCAGCUGACCUCAAACAUCCUGGCCGGUAUUGACAAACAAGUCACGCUGCAAGAUGGUCAAUUCACGCUGGAAGUAGAUAAGGUCGUGAACUUCAUUGAGGGAAAGGAGAAGAAUGAAGAGAAGCAGGAUGUGAAGGAAGAGAAGGAAGACGUGGAGGAAGAGGAAGUGGGUGCCUUUAACGAGACUGUCUUGGGUAGAAGCAGAAGGCAAGUCUCGCCUGGAAGGAUUCAAAUUCCAAUACUGCCUUCAUUUGUUACAGGCACGGACGAUGCAAGCGAUGGGUGCCAGAGAGCAGACGUGUUGGUGGACGAUGAGUGCCACCAGGUGCUGUCCCAGGGCCCCUGUGAUGACGACGAGGUGGUUCUCAUUGAUCACUACACGAGACAGGGUUACUGCGCGCCCCGUCUGUGUCCGCACGAUAAGGUGUUUGUUCACGAGGAUCAGCUGUGUCACGACCCCCUGGAGUAUGGCCUGUGUCCCCCGGGCCGGCAGCUCUUCACCAACGGAUUCGGCAGCUCGGUGUGUGGCUGUCCUGACGGGACCUACGAGGAGGAGGACGACCUUGAUGACGACGUGUGUGAGCCCCUGCUGGGGAACAACGACUGUCCCCCCGGCCAGGUAUUUUGGUUCAACGACUUCCGGUACCCUGUAGGAUGCCACCCAGACCCCUGCCAAGGACUCAACCUGAAGAGGGGUCCCAAUGAGCUGCCCUACAUCCCUGCCUUGUUUGACGGGAAGUGCUACCAGAUCGGGAAGCGUCCCUUCUUCUGCAAAUAUGACGAGCUGUACUCCAUGAGCUACAAACAGCUGAAGGGCGUCUGCAUCACCCUGGAGGACGCCGGCUACACUGUCCUGGACUCCGACACUCUUAGCUUCCUGGACACCACCUACGGCGCCUCCUCCAACACAGACGGCUACAGGAAGGCACACAAACACAAGGCAAAGCUAACGCCAGCCAGCACGACCCUUCUGAAGAGGCCUGAGGUUGGGGAGGCGGUGAUGCACGCUGACGAAGAUGAGGAAGAGGCCCCUCGUCGUCUUUCUAUUGGUCAGUCAGCAGCUCCGAGUCGUUCCCGCCACGACCCUAAAGAUAAUGAGGUGGAUGAUGAUGUGACGCCGCUACACACACACCUCAAUGCGUUCUCCCCGUCUUACAUCGCUGUCGGGGGACGAACUUUCACCUUCUUGAAUCUCCUGCAGGGACCCAGCCGCCCCCACAGUCGCCAGCGCAGGGCCCCUCUUCCCUUCGUGUCCCCCGGCAAUGUGUUCGAGCCGGGCCUCUCCGCGUGCAGAGCCGGGGCAAAGCGUGACGCGAAUGCCAAGUGCAGAAAUACGAUCCUGCCAGGCCGCUACCCCCCCAGCAGGGCCAAGCGAUCCGUGCCCCCCGUUCCCCCGCACCCAGCCUGCCCCCAGGGCACCUUCAGAGACAUAACGCGGAAGUGCACCCCCAACAAGAGCUCCCUCGCCUCCUCCAUCAACGCCCUCAACCUCGGAUAGACCCAAGUGGGCGUGGGCGUGGGCGUGCGUGUGUGUGGGCGUGGCAGGGCAUGAUAAGCGGUGAUAAGCGAUAGAGUGGUUAGGGUUGUGUGCGUUUGUCUGUUUGUUUGUCUCUUUUUGUCUCGUUUGUCUUUCCUGAUAUUUUUCCAUUCAUUUUCAUCAAUUUUUCUCGUUUUUCCCUCUGACUUUCUUAUUUUUUUCUUAU